AAGGGGAGGGCUGGGGGGCGGCGGCGGAAAGGGGCGAGCCCCUCCGGCCCCGCAGCGGGAAGAGCGGCCGCGGCGCCGGGCGAGCCCGGGAGGCGAGGCAGUGCCAUGCUGCCUUUGUGCAAAGUUGGGCGGCGGGCGGCGCGCCGCGCGCAGGGGCCCCGCACACCCGCGACCGCGCGCAGUCGUGGCUGCUGCUGAGUGGCGGGGGCCAGCGCCCCCCCCGCCCCCCGCUCCCCCAGCCCUUGAAGGCGGAGAGAGCUGGCGUCUCGCUCGGCUUCAGGGUAAGUCCAGCUGUGAGCAAGGUGUUCUGUUCUUCACUUCCAGCAAGCCAGAGUUUUAUAAAUGGACACUGACAUGGACUACGAGAGACCCAACGUGGAAACCAUCAAGUGCGUGGUCGUGGGAGACAACGCCGUGGGGAAGACGCGCUUGAUCUGCGCCAGAGCAUGUAAUACGACGCUGACGCAGUACCAGCUGCUGGCCACCCACGUACCCACAGUGUGGGCCAUUGACCAGUACCGGGUCUGCCAGGAGGUCUUGGAGCGUUCCCGGGAUGUCGUUGAUGAAGUGAGCGUUUCUCUCAGGCUUUGGGAUACUUUUGGCGAUCAUCACAAAGACAGGCGUUUUGCAUAUGGCAGGUCCGAUGUUGUGGUCCUCUGUUUUUCGAUCGCUAAUCCUAAUUCCCUAAAUCAUGUGAAAACGAUGUGGUAUCAAGAAAUCAAGCACUUUUGCCCUCGCACACCUGUUGUUCUAGUUGGCUGCCAGCUAGAUCUCCGCUAUGCUGAUCUUGAGGCUGUUAAUAGAGCCAGACGCCCUUUAGCAAGGCCCAUAAAGAGAGGGGAUAUUUUGCCCCCAGAAAAAGGCCGAGAGGUUGCAAAGGAACUGGGCAUCCCCUACUACGAAACAAGCGUAUUUGACCAGUUUGGAAUCAAGGAUGUGUUUGACAAUGCAAUCCGAGCCGCCCUCAUCUCCCGCCGGCACCUGCAGUUCUGGAAAUCCCACCUAAAGAAAGUCCAGAAACCUUUACUUCAGGCACCAUUCCUACCUCCAAAAGCCCCUCCACCGGUCAUCAAAGUUCCAGAAUGUCCCUCCACAGGGACGAACGACGCCGCCUGUUUACUGGACAGUCCUCUGUGUGCUGACGUCCUGUUCAUCCUCCAGGACCAGGAGCGGAUCUUCGCACACCGAAUUUACCUCGCUACCUCCUCUUCCAAAUUUUAUGAUCUCUUUUUAAUGGAAUGUGAAGAAACCCCCCAUUGGGGCGAAGGAGCCUGUAAGCAAGAGAAGCAGGGCAGGGGUUCCCAGGGGCGGGGCCUGAGUCUUGACCCGGACGAGGAAAGGGAGGAGGGCACCCCAAGGACACCUCAGGCUGAUCAGCGGACAUCCUCAAGCCAGAACCUGUCCCAACAGGAGACCCCAGGGCUGGAAACCGAGGGCUCAGCGGCGGAGACGCAGACCCUGUCAGGCUGGAGUAAGGGCUUCGUUGGCAUGCACAAGGAGAUGCAGGUCAACCCCAUCUCAAAGCGGGUGGGCCCCAUGACUGUGGUCAAGAUGGACCCAUCUGUCCAGCCGGGCCCUUUCCGGACCCUGCUCCAGUUUCUCUAUACAGGGCAACUGGAUGAAAAGGAAAAGGAUCUAGUGGGCCUGGCUCAGAUUGCAGAGGUCCUAGAGAUGUUUGAUUUGCGGAUGAUGGUGGAAAACAUCAUGAACAAGGAAGCCUUCAUGAACCAGGAGAUUACGAAAGCGUUUCACGUCCGGAAAGCCAAUCGGAUAAAAGAGUGUCUCAGCAAGGGGACAUUCUCGGAUGUGACAUUUAAGUUGGACGAUGGAGCCAUCAGUGCCCACAAACCGCUGCUGAUCUGCAGCUGCAAGUGGAUGGCUGCCAUGUUUGGGGGGUCGUUCGUCGAAAGCGCCAACAGUGAGGUAUAUCUCCCGAACAUAAACAAGAUGUCAAUGCAGGCGGUACUGGAUUAUCUUUAUACCAAGCAGUUGUCACCUAACUUGGACCUGGACCCACUGGAACUAAUUGCCUUGGCAAACAGAUUUUGCCUGCCACACUUGGUUGCACUUGCAGAGCAGCACGCUGUUCAGGAGCUGACCAAGGCCGCCAUGAGUGGCGCGGGCAUUGAUGGGGAAGUGCUCUCUUAUUUGGAAUUGGCUCAGGCACCACCCUAGACAAGAGGACAUGGAGACACAAACACGGUAGAUUCUCUGCCCUUGGGGCUAUCCUAGGCCACUGAGGGAAACAGACACAAGCACAAAUUAUUAAAAUCCAAUGUGAAAAACAACGUCAUAGAGGUUACAGUUAAAACCGAGAACAGACAUCAAUCACAAGUAAAAUCAGCAAGGCCCCGUCAACACUGACUGUCCAAAUUUGGAAUUUGGGGGUGUUUUGAAACAGGCCUGGAGGACAGCUUAUGACUUGUGCCCUCUCCAGUAAGUAUUCCUCCUCGAGAACAAUCAAAUGACCCAGAACUUCAUACAGGGCCAGCCACUUGAGGUAAUGAUUUACAGUUGUGUCUAUUUGUUUGCUUUGAGUUCCCACCCCCGUGCCCUCCCCCGACCCCGCCCACACAUACACCCUGCAAAGAAAGAAUAUGAUUCCUGCUAAGCUCUGACAAGCCUUGACAGGAAGAGUUUAGGACAGUCUCCCACAUCUUAACUCAUUUGUUAGACCCUAACCCAAGGGGUAAGUAUUUAACAGUCAGCUUGGGGACGGGUGGGACACUGAUCUGUUGCAUUUUCCAGUUUCUGGGGUGUAAAUACCCCUCCCUGGCCAACUUUAACAACUUGAAUUCACCAAGCUCAGAGUACAGAAG